AUGGUUAUCGCUGACUUCUGGAAUAAUCGUAUCAUACAAUGGAAGAUGGGUGAUACGAAUGGACAAGUGGUAGCUGGUGGUAAUGGCCUAGGAAAUCGAUUGAAUCAAUUGAAUUGUCCAAGCGAUAUGUUGAUCGACAAACAGACGGAUAGUCUUAUUAUAUGUGAUCGAGAGAAUCGACGAGUCGUACGAUGGUCUCGUCGUAGUGGCACAACUCAAGGAGAAAUCAUAAUCGACAAUAUCAUGUGUGCAGGAUUGGCCAUGGAUAAUCAGAAAUAUCUCUACAUCUCUGAUACUGACAAACAUAAAGUAAGACGAUAUCAAAUAGGAGACAAGAAUGGAACUCUCGUGGCUGGUAACAAUGGCAAUGGUGCUGGUCUCAAUGAAUUCGACUUUCCGGCCUACAUCUUUGUCGAUCAACAACAGGCUGUCUACGUGUCAGACAGAGACAAUCAUCGUGUGAUGAAAUGGAAUAAAGGUGCAACAGAAGGAAUUGUCGUCGCGGGAGGUCAAGGUAAAGGAAAUACUCUGACACAAUUAUCUCAUCCUCAAGGACUGCUUGUUGAUACGUUGGGUACCAUCUAUGUAGCAGACUCGGUGAAUCAUCGAGUGAUGCGUUGGGUUAAUGGAGCAAAACAAGGCACUGUCAUUGUGGGUGGAAAUGGUGAAGGAAGAGGACCAAAUCAGUUCAACUCUCUCAGAGGUUUGUUCUUCGAUCGACAAGGCAAUCUCUAUGUUGUCGAUAAUGGAAAUAAUCGUGUUCAACGAUUUUCAAUCAAAUGA